AUGGCAAACGCAAGCAGCUCAAGUUCGACGCAACUGCCUCAGCUACCCAGCAUAGUGCUCUAUGAGAUUGCGACAUGGCUUGUCAACGACCUCGAUGACGAACAUCAUCACCGGAUUGCAAUGGCGACACUAAAAUCUUUGCGACUCACCUGCCGCGAAUUGGCACGCAUGGGAAAUAUCAAUCGCGCCUUGUUCAAGAGCAUCAAUCUUCAUCCGACAGAAGACAACUUUCAACGGCUUGUGCAGACCGACUUGACCCCCAUCAGACCUUUUGUGCGACAGCUCAACUUUUUCCCUUCUCCCUACAUCCCUGGCCUCACUCGCAACAAGUUUGAAGAUAUGUUACGUGCUCAUUACUCACUCCUGGGAUCGCACUGUAAUUGUUGUGCCCGAAGAACAUAUGAGCAACGCAUGCAUGAACACCCUCAUGGUCGCAUCCCCUUGUCUGACCGCGAGAUCACCGCCCGUUUUCUAUCGUACACACAGGCAGCUCAUGAGGACAUGGCAUUGUUACAAGACGGGAUAUUGCCGGAUCUGUGGAGAAAAGAGCUCCUGCCUUUAGGGAACGUAUCUAGCAUAAGACUGUGUUCCGUCACCACACUUCUGUCGAGGCAGCCAUACCUCAUCAAUGAACCUGAGCUAUCAUGGUGUCAGCUGUGCAAGGACAACAUCAGCUUCAUGGAUAGCAUUGCAGGGCCCAAUGGAGAUCGUUUGUUCGAGGCAGUCAUUCGAACACUCAUUUCCACCCAGCUCUCGGUUGAAGAGCUGAAGGUUGGCUGCGAGCUGGAGCACACUUUCCAACCCGGCUGGUCCGAUUCAUCCUGGCGGCAGCUUAAUCUCGACAAGCUCAAAACCAUAACGAUCGACUCCGUACCUUUUUGUGAUCGUUCUGAAUCGGAUUUCGUGCGCUCUAGCUCCGCCACCCGGGCUUGCACAGCAGUGAUCAAAAAAGUCCAGAAGACCGUGCAAAGUAUGACACUUUGUCGCGACUAUGACGGGCUCCCCGACCUCAUCUGGCCACCAGAUUCGCAACUUGAACUUCUUCCGAUGCGAUCAGUACAUUUAAAAGGAUUCAAUCUUCAUCAUGAGGACUUUGCUGACACCAUUAUUGGGUUAACUCGGUUGGACAAGCUGGUCCUCGAAAGAUGUGACACCCGCAAUUGGAGAACCAUAUUUGACGCCGUCAGCUCCAAGCCGACCCCUUUGGAUUUCAAGUGUAUCGACAUCUACGACGAUAUGGACUAUUGGAACUUCGACAUGAAGAAGAAAGAUGAGGUCGAGGCACACCCUGAUGUCAAUGCGGGAACUCUGUUACAAAAACGUCUAUACUUGUAUCUCACGCAUCGGGAGGCAUGGAAUGACGAUCUCGAACUCUGGUUUGCCCCAUAG